CUGCCUGAAACAUCCUUCACUCGCUCCAUCAGUAACCCAGAGGCCGUCAUGCGAAGGCGUCGCGCUCAGAAGCUCGAGAAGAAAUUACAGCAAUUCAGGAGUAAAGAUGGCGGCCCUGACACAGGCGGCACCUUAAAGGCGAUGGUGACUCCUGAAGAGGCGCGUGAUGGCUACCAGGGACCAGUGUACCCCCAGAAGGAGUACAUCCUUGACGACGACGAGUGCCCUCUUGCCAUCCUCAUGAACCACUCCAACGCCACCGGAUCCAUAAUGUUCCACGUGCGACGACGUCCCGCGGACCACGGGCCCCGCAAGCGCAAGAAAAAGCCCCUGAAGGGCGCCGGGGGCCCGGUCCCUGACGGCGUGGGGGGUGCCGACGGGGGGCCACAUAACCCUCUCCCUGUGCUCGUCGAACUCGGGCCAGAGGGCAACGAGUUGGAGGGCUCAGGCGCCCACCACGUGCUGCAGCUGAACGUGACGGAGGUGGGCAGUGAGCGCAGUGGGCACUCGAGUGGGCAGACGCUGCAGCUGUUCGGGCCUGACAUCCACCCACGACACUGUGUGCUGGCCCACACUGAGGGUGUGGUUACGGUCACGCCCUGCAACCGUGAUGCUGAGAUAGCCGUCAACGGACAGCGCAUCUUCGAGACAACCAUACUCAAGCACGGUUGUGUGGUGAGGUUCGGGCGGCAGCACAGCUACAGGUUCCUGGACCCACAACAAGACCCGCGGGUCGCGGCCCACAUGCCCGUUAACCUUCAUCAUCAACCAACACCACCUCACCACCUCCCGCACCACCAUCAUCACAUCCAGCAGCAGAUGCAUCUACCACUGCAUUAUCCUGACAGAGGGGCUCCAUACGACCGCUACCCUGUUACCCGGGACCCCAUCUUGCCGGCGGUGCUGGAGUUCAGAGAGGACACCGAGGAAAGCUUCUUCCACUCCAUCACCACCGCCCUCGACCCCACACACGUCCAGUUCAAGCUGGCACCCACCUACACCAUCUACAUGGCUGCUAGGUUCAGAGCGUCAACGCAUUACCGCAGUGAAUUGUCGCCCAUGGAGCGUGCGCAGCGACUGACUGCCAUGCUGAGCAGAGUGGCAGCACUGCUGCACAGCACCGUACAGAGUCGGCCCGGUCAGCCGGUAUGGCUGGCGUUCUGGCUGGCGAACACGUCAGAGCUGCUGCACUUCCUCAAGCAGGACCGACACAUCGCUGGCUACUCCCUGGACGCCCAGGACAGACUGGCCGACGUCGUCCAGCUCGCCUUCAGGUCGCUGGUGGGGAGCAUGCAGACGGAGAUGGAGGCGGCGCUGCCGCUGCUGCUGGAGGACCGCGACGACUCGGACGAGGAGGAGGGCUGCACUGCACAUGUUCUGUCAAUCCUGACGAACACGAUGGCUCUGCUGCGUCGGUGUCGCGUGAACGCGGCGCUCACCAUCCAGCUCUUCUCGCAGCUCUUCCACUUCCUCAACAUGUGGGGCUUCAACCGCAUCAUAGCCUCCUCCUACCCCAACUACUGCACCAGACUCUGGGGGUCCCGUGUGAGGGUGCGGUUGUCCCGUAUCGAGGUGUGGGCAGAGAAGCAGGGACUGGAGCUUGCAGCUGACUGCCACCUCGCCAGGCUGUCCCAGGCCGCCAUCCUGCUCACCGCCCCCAAGAGUUCGCCUGAAGACAUAACGAGCAUCUCGUCGAGCUGCUUUAAACUCAACUCGCUGCAGUUACGAGCGCUGCUCGACAAAUACGAGCCUGAGCCUGGCGAGCCGCCGGUGCCCCUGGGACUCAAAGAAAGCGUCGUCGCCGUGGCUGAGAGCACGGCGGACGGUCUGGCGCGGGAGGACGGGCGCGAGGUUCGUCUGGAGGAGGACUACGACCUGCAGCUGCCCUUCCUGCUGCCCGAGGACGGGUAUUCCUGCGACAUCGUCAGGGGCGUGCCGUCAGGGCUGGCAGAGUUCUUGGGUCCUCUGCAGCACGCAGGGCUGUGUCGUAUGAACCCUCAGCCAACCUCCUCCGGCUACUGGACCAUCUACAUGACAGACCACGACUCCAGGAUGUCUAUGCACCCUGGCCAGGCGCGCAGCCCCAGCGUGAUGUCCGGCAGGUCGCUGACACUGCCACGUGGGGAGCCUGAGGUGCAGACCCUACAUCUUACCAAGACCAGCCCCGGCAUGGGGCUAAGCAUCGUCGCCACAAGGGGCCUAAACCAAGAUCAACUGGGCAUCUACAUCAAAAGCGUCGUGCCCAACGGCUCAGCUGAUCAGGAUGGAAGGCUACAGGCUGGAGACCAGUUGCUGAGCGUCGACGGCAGGUCUCUGGUAGGGAUCUCUCAGGAGAGAGCAGCCGAGUAUAUGAAGAGGACAGGUCCUACUGUGGUGCUCGAGGUCGCCAGGCAGGGGGCGUUUUAUCACGGGCUCGCCACCGUUCUUGAACAGCCGUCGCCACAGGGGGUGCGACCUCCUGUCCAGGGACCUCGUCGUAGUUCAUUCUCUCGCUACGAAGAGACGCGCACGUCCUACCCAUUGACGCUGCUGUCCCCUGCCACCUGCGCCUCCUCCAGGAGCCUCUUCGUGCCUCCAGAGCGGCAUGGCGAACUAGCGCCUGGCAAGCGUCACUACGACGUCCGCGACUACGGCCCUCCUCCUCCAAGGCCUCCAAGAGUCGUGCCCUCGGAAGAGACGCGUAUGUCUGGCACGUUGUCACCCUCUUCGUACCUCACCAUCCCAACCCCGCAACCCUUGCCCAGAACUUUGCCUCCUCCGCAGUCCGCUCAGCUACAACCGUCAAACGUCAGGGUCGCCGCCCUCAAAACUGCCAACAGCAAGUCCAGCCCCAACCUGGCCACCAUCUGCGAGGCCCCCACACCUUGCCAUAGUUCUUCUCUCUCUAUUGAAUCUUCCUGCGCUGGUGGACCUCUCCGGCACGCCAGCGAGCGGGACCUUCCUUCCAGAGGGCAGCAGCCUCAUGACCAGCCUCCUCACAUCAGAGGCAGCCUUCUCCCGCCUCAUCAUCAAGCCCGCAUGCAGCCCGCCAAGUCUGUGCCCGCCUUAAACAGCGAGCUGUCACUGAGUGGGGAACUUUCCAAGUCCACCUCACAAGACCCAGUCCAUCUGCAGCACCUGCCUCCCAGCCAGGAGAGUUUCAGACCAGGAUACUCUCGAGCUUCCUCCUCCAACUCACUUACGACGCAGCACCUCAGCAUUGCACCUCAGCACCUGCAGCAGCCGCAGCAACAUCAGGGCAACAACAUCAACCCCCAGCACGGUCAAGCCAUGCCUGCCCACCAAGCUCUUCGUGCGAGAUCGUCUCAGAAUCUUAAUGAGAGCGACGACCGUCACUAUCAGAACGUUGCAUUCCACGCCCCUCACCCACAUCGCUCCCCUCAUGGAGGACCCCCUCCUUCAGCCAUUCAUAUGAGGGAGAACCCUGGCUCGUACCCUCGGCCUGCCUCAGCCCUGCUGCAGAGGGAGGAUUUGAGACCUGACCUGUACCGCCCCGCCUCCCAACGAGACGUUCGUCUUCAGGAACCCAGGCUGGUGCACCUUCCUGAGGAAGGAGCUCUCAACCAAGGGCCUCCUCAUCAGCAGCACUACCCGCACUCCACGCACAGCCCGCCCGAAGGUUAUCUUGCUUCCUCCAAACACAUGCCUCCCCCCACUGCCCCGAAGCCUAAACCCCUCGAUAGAACAAAUCAGAUGGUGCCUCCCCAUCAAGCCUCUUACCGCCCACCCCAGCUGGAAGAGGGCAGCGGGUAUCGAGACAGCCCUCCUCCUCCCCCGCCCCCCACAUCCACACACCCCCUUCUGCAGGGCACCGCCAGCACCGAUAGUACCACACGGCAGCCGUUCUUCAGUAAAACUUCCGCGUGGGAGAGGGAAGAGAAGGAACGAUACGAAAAUCGGCGUCGAGAAGCCGCCAGGCAAUGGCGGGAUGAGCAGAUCGAACAGCUCGAACGCCAAGAAAACAAGACGGCGCAGGAGAUCGAGAGACUCAAGACCCUGCGUCUGGAGCGAGAAUUUGAGCUACGAGCGAAGCAAGCCGACGAAGAAGAGGAUAAUUCAGAGGACGAUGACGAGCGCAUCACAACCAUAAGCGAGACGAAUAGUCUUGCCAAGCCUUCAGAGCGGCGAGAUUCUCAGCCUGAGAGUGACGUUCCCAGAGGUGUUCCUCGAGGAGGCCCAGGCUUUAUGCACUCAGGGAUGAACGGCGGCGUCUCCAACGACGAAGACCGGGCGAAGAGGGCCGACGAAAUCAGACGCAAGCAGCAGGAGCUCGAAGUGGCGAGCGAAGUUGAGCUUAAACUUAUACGUGAGGCGCAGAGGAGGCAGGAAGAAGAGGAGGCCAACGUCCGGCGGUACCAUAACCAAUACAAUAAAACUCAGCAACAGGCGACCCAGCGUCUGGAUUCCCUCGUCGGCGGACCCGUUCACGAGUACAACAACGGUCCCGUCAACGGUCAGCGACCGCCCAGCACCUACGACCAACAACUCAACAACAACAAUUUAAAUCCCUCCCCUCCUGAGCGUCAUUCGUCUUAUAACGUCAUGCAGCAACAGCAGCAACAACAACAGUAUCAGCACUAUCAGUACAACAACGUAAACAACAGCUCAAGGGUCCGUAGCCAGCCCCCCAUGGAGUCUCCUCCUUCAGCUGGAGGAACGGUCAAGAGAGUUCAGUUCUCCGAGAACCAGUCCACCAGUGUCCACAACCUGUCCACCAGUGUCCACAACCUGUCCUCCUCCUCCGGCGUGUCCUUCGAUGCCAACGCAAACCAGGAGGAUUUUUCGCCUACCAAAUACGAUCAUAAUGACUUCAUCAACGAAGCAGAGAACAUGCUGAACUUCAGCCCGAGUCCCAUCAAGCCUGGCAGCGCUCACGCCACCCCAGGUGUCAUCGGCGCUCAGGAGGUUUACAGAGACCCGCGAGUGCGACGGCUGCAGGAGAAGGAAGCAAUGCAGGCGGCGAGCAACCCUCGACCUGCGGUGCCCGAGACGCUUACCUUCAGAGAGAAGAUGAAGAUGUUUGCCGCUGAGACCGGAGACCCAAACACGCCCAAGGAUAAGACCAAGAUCAGCAAGGCGCAGAGAGAGAUCAAAUGAUAGCCCAGAGUAUGUGGUACUGUAUUUCCAUUCAGAGAUAGUCCCGAGGCUGAUGACUCGUCAGAGAAAUGAAAUUUUGGUGGAUUUCCGAAAAAGUCAACCCUAUACAUCAUUCAAGUACAUACAGCAAAAGAUGAAUUUUGGAAAUGCGAUUGAAAUUUAAGAAUGUCCUGUCGUUUUUUCUGCAGUCAUUUUUUUCUGUAGAUAAGAUGCCUUUACUGAAAAUAUGCUUUCCUAAAGAAAGCAUUUUAGAAAGCGUACUUUACUGAAAAUCUGCUUUCCUAAAGAAAGCAUUUCAUAAGUUAUUGAAAAGUGAUAUAAGGAUGCCAGAACUCUCAGGUCUGCCGAAUGUGUGCUAUAAACUAAUAUUUUUAGUGCAUGAGGUGCCUUGAUGUGUGAUGCUCACAGUUGGAGAUGAAAGACUUGAACAUCGGCCUCUCAAAGACUCAGGCGGCAGUAUUGGAAGUUGCAGUCUUAGGACCUCAAACAACAAUGAAGCGAUGCGUGAUUUUGUGACAGUAAAAUAACAAACGCAUUUAGUGUAAUUUUGACGUGCCUUGUUGUGCUGGUAAAAUGGCAUAGCAUUGGAAGCCCUUGUUUUCUAGAUGUUUUUCAAAGAAAGUGCGCUUAUUGUCAUACAAUUUUGAACAAAGUGAUGAUUCAUUGCGUGGAUGCGUUUUGUUCAGCCUUGAGUGGCGACUGCGGCACUGCUGAUCGUAAUUUACGACAAAAUUUGUUAAUUGACGUCACAAAACAAUUUAAUGAUUUAUCCUUGUAAUUAUAUCUUUGAUUAAAUUUCGCUGUGUAUUAGUUAUAAUUUUGAUAAUUUGUGAUCGAGUGAGCCUUGAUAUCGAUGGCAGUCAUGACGGCAAGGUACACUCGUAUGACCUCCACCUUGCCAUCUUGUUCUAAUAAAAUAUUUCAGCUAAGUGUGUACAUUGUACCAUUAUCAAUAUUAGUUUUGAUUAAGUUCAGCGUCUUUGUUAAUAAUAUAAGUUAUAAGUAAAGAUGAGCAUUCCGAGUUGUCUAUUAGUCAACUGCCGAUUUACGUUGGCGCUUUCUUUCGCUUUACAUUAGCACACAAUAAGCCUUUGCAGCAAGACACAUACGCUCUCUUUUUGUCCUUAUUUCAGUUUAUUUCUUCAUGAUACUCUGCUUUUUGCUGUGACAUGCUGGCAUCUCCUCAUUGUAGGCAAUGGGAUUGAUUACUUAGAGCUUAUAAAAUUUGUUUUAAAAAAUCAAAUAGGUUAAAAUAUCAAAUCCUGCCGAUUAUAUUCUUCAAUAUUCAUGAUAAUUUAUUAGGGUGUAAUUGUGCCAAGAUGCAGCUGUGUAUAUUCCUCUGUAAAGUGGCGGCAUGCUGAAUAUUUUCAUCUAUAAUAUUGUCUCCAUGUUGUGCACUAUACAUACAGCGAUUUAAAGAAUAAAUAUUAGUACUAAUAGAUUGGGCGACAGGUAGAUUGUCGUGCUCAAAUACACUAUUAUCGUUUGAGUGAUAGAGCAUCCACUCAGAAAAGUUGUCUAGGCAGCGACCAACACGUGAUGUUACCUAGACUUGAAAACAGAUAACGCAAAUGAGUAUUUUGUGAUUGGAAAAAUUUGUAGCUUCCUCCGAAAAACUGUUGCUUUCUUUGCGGUUACAAUUUAUGUUUUGAACCCUGUUGCUUAAUUGCGUUUUCUGAUUUCGUAAGCGUUGUUGCUCUCAAUAUAUAAUGACAACAUGUAUGUUCAUGUACAGCACGUUAUUAAAAGAUUUCUAUAUUGAUGACGUCUUCAUCAUAGCACUGGAUAAUAAAUUGUAAAUCG